UUUAGCCAACCAAAACUCAAUUCAGUUUACUUAUGUGGUGUAGUUCACAGAAAGUGCUUGUUUAACCAUUUCAAUCACAUAGAUUUCAGUUUACUAUUUUAGAUGGUAAAAGGUUUUCUAUUUUCAGGGAAGCUACUGUUUUAAGACAAGUAUAUUCAGGUAUUCGAUGUGACUUUGAAGGGCCUACUUUAUUGUCUCCUUAUUCAGACAUAUAAACAGAAAAAAAAAAAGUUUUUCUCCUCUCUAUAAGAGGCAGAACAUUGACUAAAUUAUUAAAAAUGCCUCCAAUAAAAAGUAGUCGGAGUGAUUAGGCAGAAAAGGCUCCAGCUUGGAGAGGAACGCCCAUCCCUGAAUCAACCACCAGGCGGAAGUGAAAGGAAACGACCUCCGUCAGGAGCUCCAGUUCGGCGGCGGAGACAUGAGCGCUUCAAACUUUAACUCCGUUCUGCUGGACAUUUCAAAUAAGCUCAAAGCGGAAAACCUAGAACAACUCAAGUUUCUAGUUCGAGACCACAUUGGGAAACAAAAGUUGGAAAGGAUCAAAACAGGACACCAACUGUUUGAGAUUCUGACAGAAAGAGGCCAACUAGGACAGGACAACGCAGACUAUCUAUGCCAGCUUCUGCGGCAGGUCCAGCGAGAUGAUCUGUCCGAGAAGCUAAGCAACUGGGAGGUCCAGCAAGAAGACCCCAAAUACAGCUUGAGCGACACCGAGAGAGACAAACUGGACAUCGCCACGGAGGUGAUCAGAGACAAUCUGGGGAGGAACUGGCGCAAACUAGGCCGCAAACUACGACUGGGGGAGACCAAGCUGGAGUCCAUCGCCACACGGCAUCCCACCGAUCUGGAGGAGACCGCCAUGGAGCUGCUGAAGGAGUGGAGGAAGAUUAGAGGACCUGAAGCCCAAACAAAGGAGCUGAUAGCAGCUCUGAGGGACUGUCAGCUCAAUUUAACUGCUGAUAAAAUCCAGGAGAAACUUAAACAGAAGGAAUUAUCCAGCUCAGAUUAGACCAGUAUCACCUUAGAAGCACGGAGGAAACCUGGGACUUUAUGAAACAGAUUAUGUUUGAAGAAAUGAACAAAAUGAUUUUUGUAAACAUCUGCUUCCUUACAGUUGUCUAAUGUUUACUAUACACCAGUGUUGCACCUUCAUUUACUGGAACACCAGAGGGCGCUGUUAGGUAGAUGGUUUAUGUAAAAACAUUAUUACCGUUUUUACAUGAACAUAAAUUAAUUUCUUGAUUUCCAAUAAGGAUAGGAACAAAAAUACAAAUAUUUCUAUUGUUGUAAAUUUGCAUCCCCAUUCAGCAACAUAAUUCAUCAGUUUAGAUUAGUUCAGAGAAAUGUUCCCUAUGAGCCGUCAUCAACAACAAACUGGAUGUAAAGAUGGAUGAUUUUUCUUUCCAAAUGGCCAAAAAGCAUUGAAAUGCUUUUGUUUCACUAAUUUAAUAAAGAUUUCAGAAAUAUCCAACUGUGUUUUGAAGAAUCCCCAGUUCAAACGACAAUCCAGUCCACCUCUUUUACAUUUUGGACUCCUGGAUUAGUUUUCUCAAAGAUUCUUAGUCCUCCCAGAGAGCUGCGAUCUUAGCCUAAAAAUUUCUGCAAAGGACUCACAGCUUCAGACAGAUUCAGUCAGCUGCCAAGAGACACUAGGAGAGGAGUUAACAAAAAAAUGCAAUUGUAAUGAGGAAGGAGUGGUUGAUCUUGUUGCUAGGCAUGGUUGAUCCAGUUGCUAGGUGUUUCUGACCCUUUUGCUAGGUGUGUCAUUGUCUUCUAGGGACUGUGUUUGGUUGAUACACGAAACAAAAUGAAAUAAAAAAAAACUGCAGCCACUCAGCAAUUGAUAAUUUACCGAU